AAAUAAUUAGUUGAUUAUUUUGUGCAAAAUAUGCAAAUUUCCUGCAUUUAGUGUUUUGUAUAAAAACGUUGUGAAGAACGGAAGAAAGUAUCAUUUACCAUUCGAUUCUAAGUCGAUAAGGAAGUCAGCACUUCAAAAUGAAAUUCUUCAUCGUAUUGUGCGCCUUGGUUGCUGCCGCAACUGCUGAUGUCAGCCACUUGUCCAACAAGUACUUGCCCCCUCAUCAACAAGCUGCUUCAGCUCCCGCUGUAAGCUACAGCCCUGCUCCAGCUGCUCAAUCUUUCCAUGUUGAAGCUGCUUCUGCUCCAGCCCCAGCUGUUUCAUACUCUGCUCCCGCUCCAGCUGCACAAUCUUUCCAUGUUGAAGCUGCCUCAGCUCCAGCUGUCUCUUAUUCUGCUCCCGCUCCAGCUGCUCAAUCUUUCCAUGUUGAAGCUGCUUCUGCCCCUGCUGCCAGUUACGAAACAUCCUCUUUUGAAACCGCUGCUGCUGAACCAGCUCACACUUUCUCAUCUGAUGAAGGUUACCGUUACAAGACCGUCAAACGCCGUGUCAUCCGUCGUCGCCGUGAUGUCUCCACUGAAUACUUGCCCCCUGUAGCUGCUUCCGCUCCAGUUGCCCAAUACGAAUCUGCUCCAGUUGAGUCUUAUGCUGCCCCAGCUGCUUCUUACGAAUCUUAUGAAGUUGCUGCCGCUGAACCAGCUCACUCGUUCUCCUCUGCUGAAGGUUACCGUUACAGAACUUCCAAGCGCCGUGUCAUCCGUCGUCGCCGUCGUGAUGUCUCUACUGAAUACUUGCCCCCUGUAGCUGCCUCCGCUCCAGUUGCCCAAUACGACUCUGCUCCUGUUGAGUCUUAUGCUGCCCCAGCUGCCUCUUACGAAUCUUAUGAAGUUGCUGCCGCUGAACCAGCCCACUCCUUCUCCUCUGCUGAUGGUUACCGCUACAGAACUUCCAAACGCCGUGUCAUCCGUCGUCGCCGUCGUGAUGUCAGCCACUUGUCCAGCGAAUACUUGCCUCCUGUCCAAGGUGCUGGUUCCGCUCCUUCCGCUGAAUACUUGCCUCCUGUAGCCGCUUCCGCUCCAGUUGCUCAAUACGAAUCUGCUCCAUCCUUCUCUGUUGCUGCUUCCGCCCCUGGUGCUUCAUACAGCUCUUACGAAACUGCUGCUUCUGAACCAGCUCACUCCUUCUCCUCUGCUGAAGGUUACCGUUACAAGACCGCUAAACGCCGUGUCAUCCGCCGUCGUCGUGAAGUCUCCACCGAAUACUUGCCUCCAGUAGCCGCUUCCACCCCCAUUGGUCAAUACGAAACAACUCCCGUAGAAGCCUUUGCUGGUCCAGCUGCCUCAUUCGUAUCUUCUGCCUACGAAGUUGGUGCCAGUGAACCAGCUCACUCCUUCUCUUCUGGUGAAGGUUACCGUUACAGAACUGCCAAACGCCGUGUCAUCCGUCGUCGCCGUCGUGAUGUCUCCACCGAAUACUUGCCUCCUGUAGCCGCUUCUGCUCCAGUUGCCCAAUACGAAUCUGCUCCUGUUGAGUCUUAUGCUGCCCCUGCUGCUUCUUACGAAUCUUAUGAAGUUGCUGCCGCUGAACCUGCCCACUCCUUCUCUUCUGGUGAAGGUUACCGUUACAGAACUGCCAAACGCCGUGUCAUCCGUCGUCGCCGUCGUGAUGUCAGCCACUUGUCCAGCGAAUACUUGCCUCCCCACCAAGGUGCCGCUUCUGCUCCUUCCGCUGAAUACCUGCCUCCUGUAGCCGCUUCCGCUCCAGUUGCUCAAUUCGAAUCUGCCCCAGCUGUCUCAUACUCUGCACCAGCUGCCUCCUACUCUGCCCCUGCUGCUUCAUACUCUGCUCCAGCUGUUUCUUACGAAUCUGCUGCUUCCGAACCAGCUCACUCCUUCUCCUCUGCUGAAGGCUACCGUUACAAGACCGCCAAACGUCGUGUCAUCCGUCGCCGUCGUUAUUAAGCUCAUGAUGACAUUCAUAUUUGGAUUCUAAGAAUCUGAAUGCUAUAAUUAUUCUAUAGUAAAAUUGUAUAACGAUUUCGUUUAUUAUAAUAAAUGUCAUUAUAAAAUUUAUUUUAAUUUAAAUAAAUUUUAUAAAAGAAUCGAAUGAAAAAAAA